AAUGAUCGAAGGCACACAUCACUUCCUAUCCUGCCAUUUUGCUGCUGAAGCUGAAAGAAACCUGAAGCCUUGGAACAGUGAAGGGGUAACGUUACGGUUAACGUUUAGGCUGUGUAUUGUCAGCCGAAAGCUCGGUCUUAAGAGGUUUAAGCUUACGUAAGAAUGUCGGAUUUUGACAGCAACCCAUUUGCGGAUCCUGAUUUCAGCAACCCAUUUCAGGAUCCCUCAGUGACACAAGUAACACAAAACGCUCCCCCUGGGUUGGAGGAAUAUAACCCCUUCACAGAUACAAAGCCGGGUCCACCCGGCUCCAUCCCCAAAGCAGUGCCUCCCUCCACGAACACACAGCCAGCCAUUAUGAAACCUACAGAGGAGCCACCUGCCUACUCUGAGUACUCUCAGCCACAGCAGACACAGGACCAGGCGCGAGCUCAGGCUGAUCUACUCAGAAGACAGGAGGAGCUUGAAAGAAAGGCUGCCGAGCUGGAUCGCCGGGAGAGAGAGAUGCAGUCUCUUAGUGCCUCAGGAGGAAGGAAAAACAACUGGCCGCCCCUCCCUGAGAAGUUUCCUGUGGGUCCCUGCUUCUAUCAUGAUAUUUCUGUGGACAUUCCUGUGGAGUUCCAGAAGACUGUCAAGAUCAUGUACUACUUAUGGAUGUUUCACACAGCAACUCUGUUCGCGAACAUCUUUGGCUGCUUGGCUUGGUUUUGUGUGGACCCAUCACGAGGAGUAGACUUCGGCCUUUCCAUGCUGUGGUUUAUGCUCUUUACACCCUGCUCCUUUGUCUGUUGGUAUAGACCCCUUUAUGGAGCUUUCAGGAGUGACAGCUCGUUCCGUUUCUUUGUCUUCUUCUUUGUGUACAUCUGCCAGUUUGGGGUUCACGUCCUUCAAGCCAUUGGUAUAGCAGGUUGGGGAGCAAGUGGCUGGAUCUCAGCCCUCACUGGUCUAAACAAAAGCAUUCCUGUGGGUAUCAUCAUGAUCCUUAUUGCUGCUCUCUUCACUGCCUCUGCAGUCAUCUCCCUUAUCAUGUUCAAAAAGGUACAUGGCCUGUACCGGACAACUGGGGCCAGCUUUGAAAAGGCUCAGCAAGAGUUUGCUACAGGUGUCAUGGCCAACAAGACUGUCCAGACAGCAGCUGCCAAUGCUGCAUCUAGUGCUGCGUCUAGCGCUGCGCGUGGAGCAUACAACUGAUUGGCUCACUGAAGAGCGUUCCUGUGUUCUCUGUCCAUGCUCUAUGAUCUGAUCCUCUGUCCCACCUCAUUGUAUUCACAAGCCCUGGCAAGCUUCCUCAAGCGAGUCCCAUUCAUGAAGCGAAUGACUGUAAGCAGCCUUCUGAUUGGCUCAGUGCACUCCAGUGACUUUACAUGUCCACCCCUCCCCUCACCUCCCCAGGUCCUUUGUCUUUCAACAUACAUGGGUAUGUGAAGGGGUUGUGCAUGGUGCUAUGAAGAGAACAUGAACAGAACCUUUUCUUUCUUGAUUGGAUACCAAUUCCAUCUUCCUGACCUUCCUCCACAAGCAAUGCCUCUCAACAGCAUGCAGGAAGUUUCGUCCAUUUUCAACCCUUUUAAGGUUUGACCCCACCUUGCAACCCCUCUCCACCCUCCACACAGAUCACAUCUUACUUUAUUCCAUUGGUUGCUAUUGCAGUCAGGUGUUUGGCAGGAUAUAAAGAGAAUGUAUUUAAGCCCUCCAUCCUAAAAAGAACUACCCUCUUCCAAAUUGAGCCUCUUCUAUUAUACCCUAUCUUAGCCUACUUUCCCAAAGCCAGGCCCCAUAGUGUAUGUCAAAACAGAAAUGUAUAUGCCCAUCACCAAGAUUUGCCCUGAGGCCUAACAGGUGACAAGCCUCCACCUUGUCUGUUUGUCCUUUGUUUCCUUGAUUGAGAUCAGAUGGGUGAGAUGGGAGAGAGACUGGAAAGGGAAGAGAAAUCCCUUAAAAUCAUUCCCAUUCAGGAUACACUCCACACAUGCAUGACAGAACAUGAUGAAUUUAGGCCUGCUUUCUUACAAAUUAAGACCUUUAUAUUGAAGAUUUAAAUUGAAAGUGAGCACUUCGAGUCUUAUUUGGUAACAUUUUGUCUUUCUUCCAUAACAGCUUAAAUAACUGGAUGUAGGCCAUUUAAAUUAUUUUCUUUCAUAUGCAAAAGACUCAGUUGGUUAUUGAUGAACAAAUUAUGAUGGCAUAUACAUGAUGCCAUGUAUGUGUGAUUGUUUGAGAUGUAUGACUACAGUAUGUCUGGCUGAUGCGCAUAAAUGACAGGAAAGUAAUUAAGCAUCUGGGUAGUCUCAUGUUCAGGCAUUCAAAACCUUCUGUCAGUUCUUUUUCGCUCUGCUAGGGUUGCUGCUGUGGAAGGCUUCUAUCUGAAAUCUAAAUUGUAACUUUUUUUAAUCAAGCGGAUUAGCUUAUUAUAUCGGACCUGUGUGACGGUUCCAGCCUCUUCAUCUCAUGAGAUGAAUUGCUCAAAUUUAAAGCUUCAGCUAAUGACUAAGAACAGCGUGUUUGAGUGCAAGUGUGAGUGGUUGUCCUUUCUGUUAGGAAUUUUAUUCAUUAUCAAUGGCGUGUGAUUCCCUCAGCUAAGCACUGUUGAUGAAAGACAGACAUUUUUUCACCUGUUGGCAUACAAAAUUACCUUUUCUCUCUGUCUCUCUCAGACUAGUUCAAACUUCAUUAUAGUUUGUGUGUGUGCUUGUGUGUUGAAUUACAGUGACUUGUUAUUUUAUAAAUAAAUUUCCACCAGUUGCACCUGUA